AUGGAUCCUGAGUUUUCUGAGACAGAGGAAAGGCUCAAUGAAGAAGAUGAACACGACGAGAAAUUUCAUCUCUUCGGCCGCCAAAAACCGGUACACUCAGCCCUUGGCGGCGGCAAGCCUGCCGAUGUGAUUCUGUGGCGGAACAAGCAGAUCUCGGCAGCAUUGCUGGCGGGCUCGACUGUGAUAUGGCUAUUGUUCGAGUGGAUCGGUUAUCGGCUCAUCCCUUUCAUUUGCCACUCUCUCAUACUCUCAUUGGCCUCUCUCUUCUUGUGGUCCAACCUUUCAUUCUUCGUGAACAAAUCUCCUAUCAAUUUCCCAGAGAUUGUACUGUCAGAGGACAUAUGCAAAAAUGCUGCUCUCUUACUAACUCACAGAUUAAAUGAGGCACUUAGUUUUUUCUUCGGAGUAAUUUCUGCAAAAGAUUUCAAGAAAUUUCUUACCGCAAUAUUUGCACUGUGGUUUGUCUCGGUUUUCGGCAGCUGGUUCGACUUCCUGACUAUUGUAUACAUCAUCUUUGUGAUGAUACUGACAAUGCCAUCGUUAUACGAGAAGCAUGAAGAUCGAGUAGAUAACUAUGCCCUGAAAGCAAAAGCCAAUCUCAAGAGACAAUACAGCCAAUUGGAUGAGAAGGUCCUACAGAAGUUACCGAAAGUUCCUUUCAUCACAGACAAUAAGCAGAACUGA